CCGGAAUGCACAAUUCUGGCUGCAUGUUUGGCGCCAGCUCAGGCUCAUGAAAGGUUGUCACUUGCCAUUGGGGUUCUGGGCGCACAGCUCUGUUGUAGGAAUCGAACGCCAGUCCCUGAAGGCAGUCCAGCUAGUGUUGGCAUUGCAGCAAUGGCCAAGAAGAUCAGUGUCGUCAAGCUUCGGCGGGAGCUCUUGCAGAAGUUUAAGGGCUGGUCGGUGGUCGCGAAAGGGGAGCUUGACCGGAGGGGCGAUGAUUUUGACAGCGACCUCUCGGGGCACGACCCGUACAUGGAAUUCUUGGAGGAAAAGGACGAGCGUUGCAUGGGAGCCACAGUGUUGAGGCCGCCGGGGAAUUUGGAAGAGAAUUUUAAGAAACUGGGGGACGGGGAGAGGAAGCAGCUAACAGUGGAGGCUGGCAUGGCCAAAAUCAGAUACAGGGAGGCACUGGUGGGAGAGUACAAGGAGGUUCUGGAGAUUGACGAGCUCCCCUUUGAGUUCCAAUUGUCAGGCAGAGCAGCGAAGGACCUGAGGAGCGACUUUUUGAAACACGCAGCGAGUGCGAGCCAAGAUUCUCCACAAGACAACAAGAGAAUGUGGGGGACACUCUGCCCCAGCGAACUAGAGGCGGCGAAGAAGUUGAAAGCGGUGUUGGAUGAGCUGUGGAGCAUGUCUCCGGUUACGCUCAAGAGAUGUUCUCAGCAUGGGACUACUCCUUUGAGUGCUCCUGGGUUUGGGACAUCCUCCUGGAAACCGUCGCCAACAGUACGCGGGGAAAGGAAGGCGACGUCAUAGAAAGACUGGUUCCCAUCCUGGAACAGUGCGAGCCCUGGGGAGGGCAAAUGCACGACGAACAGGCGCUGGCUUGCGCAGCCGCGCUUGCCUUCGACAACUUCGGCCUGGCGAGGUGUCUAGCCGAAAACACGCGGAGUGAUGACGAGGAUCUCCAGGGUACUAGGGCCUGGAGCAAUGGAUCGCUCUUCUGCGAGCUGAUGCGGUUGCAAGCCGCAGAUGCAGACAACAUCGUGAUGAAGGCGUGUCAAAUGGAUGUUAUAGACCUGUUCGCCGCGGGAGGCUACUUAGAGUGGCUUGCCGCCUUGAAGCUUCCGGCCUCAAACCGACAGCGGAUCAACACCGCAAAGGCGUGUGCUGAGAUGACGAACGAUCAAGAGUAUGCUCACAAGAUCAUCCCGAAGCAGAGGGAGAAGGUGGAGACGUGGUUGCGAGACACGGAGUGUUUGACGGACCCUGAUGCAGUCGCGAAAGAGGUGUUGGUGGGGCGGCGCAGAGCAGCAUUCGACGAGGCUGUGAACGCCUUGGUCCGGAUGCAGAAAGUGACGGCGGCAGCUGUCAGGAAACACCUGGCGGAGUACCAAAAGGCGUGCAAAGAGCUGGAGGACGCUCGCCAAUCCAGCCCGACGAGACCUCCAAAGAAGAAGUCCGGAGCGAGCGGUUCCGGAGCUUCGACGUCCGGAAACGGAACGCCACCGACUGAGGAGGCGAAUCCGCUAGAAACGAGGAACAAGCCGGCAAGGGUCUGCGAGCACUGCCAAGAGCCGGCAAAAGACGGGGCGAAGCUCAAGAAGUGCAGCAAGUGCAACAAGGCCAGAUAUUGCGGGGCCCAGUGUCAAAAACUGGCUUGGAGGGCAGGACAUAAGGAGACGUGCCGCGGAAUUACGACGCCAGCGUUAGAGCAGAUUGCAUUUUGAGCCCACAGUCGCCAUUCGGCAUAAAAUGACGAGGUUCCAUGACCAUGUAAGUUCUUGGGCAGAGAUCAUAUUCUUUUGUUACUGACUGCUGAAUAAAGCAGUAAUCAAAGCGAACGUUUGAAAGGUUUGCAGAGCAUUGAAACACGGGGAUGAGCGCGGGUCUGCGGGCUUGCUGCUGACUUGAAAGGACGCGUCCAUUACGACAGACACUCAAUCGUUGUAUUUGAAGGUUCUUGAAAGUUUUUUAUGCACUUAAAUCAAUAUAUA